GAUCUUAUAAUUGAUAUAAAUGAAGGUUUCUAGUAAACGCCCUGCAGCCAAGCGUGGCCCACAAGGGCAAACAAAACGAGCAAAGAAGAAAGAGGCAUACGAAGAUGACGACGAUACUUUUUUCCUAAACGAUGAUGAAGAUAAAAAGAAGGCCGAUGAACAGGAUGAAGACGAUGAAGAGGACCACGAGACGGCGGACCAACUGCGGCUGCGGCUAGCGAGGGAGUACCUCACAAAACUUGAGGAUGAGGAUGACGAACGCGAUGAACGUCGCGGUGUUACUGGCGGUAGCGACGACGACGAGGACGCAGAGGAGGAGGAGGAUGCGGAGGAUGACGACGAUGAGGGCGGCAGGGCGUUGGACGCAGCGGCGCGGGCACAAAGACUAGCGGAUCGCCUGCAGCAGGACGUUGCACAGGCCCAAGGCCGGCUCCAGCGGCGGUUGGCCCACCGCGUGCGCGUGCUGACCCCCGGGUCACCCGGCUACACCGCGCCCUGCUGCAGCCGCGGCCACCGGCUGUCCGCCACCGCCGUGGCGCUCACCUCCGACGACGCCACCGCCUUCACGGUGUCCAAGGACGGGGGCGUGUGCCGCUGGGACGUGGAGACCAUGAAGCGCACGCAGCUGUACCGGGACGGCACCCACAUGCUGAUGAGCUGCUCCGCCGACCGCACCGUGAAGCUGUGGAGCCUGGCGGACCGCGCCUACAUGGACACGCUGUACGGGCACCAGGCGGAGGUGCUGGCUCUGGACUGCCUGCGCGCGGAGAGGGUGGUCACGGCGGGGCACGACCACACGGCGAGGCUGUGGAAGAUACCCGAGGAGAGCCAGCUCAUAUUCAGGGCCCACGACCGGGUGUUGGACUGCGUGCGCUUCGUGACCUCCACCGAGUGGGUGUCGGGCGGCUGCGACGGCGGGCUGCACCUGUGGAGCCAGCUCAAGAAGAAACCCGUGUUCGUGGCGCGGGGGGCGCACGGGCCGGAGGCGGGCGCGGUGUAUGCGGCGCCUGCAGCAGCAGCAGCGGCGGGCGGGGAGGAGGGGGCGGUGGGAGCGGUGGGAGGCGGGGCGGCUCCGGAGCUGGGCUGGGUGACGUCGGUGGCGGUGUGCAAGAACUCGGACCUGGUGGCCAGCGGUGCCGGCGACGGCGCCAUCCGCCUCUGGUCCGUCAACCCCAGCAAGACCGGCGGCGCGGGCGGGCUGAGCUGCCUGGGGGCGCUGCCGCAGCGCGGCUUCGUGAACGGACUGGCCAUCGCGCGCAGCGGCCGUUUCCUGGUGGCGGCGGUGGGGCAGGAGCCGCGCAUGGGGCGAUGGGCGAGGGAGCCGCGGGCCAGGAAUGGGCUGGCGCUGCACCGGCUGGGCUGGGAGUAGGCGCGGGGAGCGGAAGGGGAUGGGGCCGGGGGCGGGAGGAAGGGAAGGAGCGGGUGGCGCGAGUGCUCCCGCAGAGGAGGAGGAGGGGGCGCGCGUUGGCGUGGGUGGAGUGGUGUUGGAAGGAGGAGUGUUGGCUUUGGGAGGGGUUGUGGAUAAAGGCGGGCGGAGCAGGGAAUGUUCACAGGAGGGGAAGGAUGGACAAGAAGAGAAGAGGAUGGGACGGUUUCUUGGUGGUGGGGUUGACCCGGUGAGGUGCCCCUGCAGCAGUACCGCAGUGGGAGCAGGGCGGUGGUGGCGGCGGGCGGUGAGGUGGGAGCGGUGCGCUGCGGGAGGUGAGGUGCGGGUAGGGGCCUGGCCGCCUAGGGCACGUGGUCACUAGGGUGGUCACAGGGGCUUUGCCGUCGCUAGCUGACUACUGGCUGCACCGCUGUUAGCGCGAAGCGGGAGGCCCCGCUGGUGCUAUGUAUUAGGCUGCAAGGGUGCAAAUGCUGCCCCCUGGAGGAGGACCGGCCUGCACGGAACUAAACGACUGCCAGGGCGUGUUCCCAGUACGGUACCGUGUAAGGCCCCGUGGUCUCGCUGUAACCCCAUCAGACCAGAGCAAGGCGCGGGCGUGUGCAGCAGGACAGACCAUUUGUGGGCCUCUAGGCGAAGUAUGGGUACGAGCGGGAUACCCAAAACGUAGCUGGCUAGGGGAGGGCCGGAAUCCCGGGUUGAGGGGCGGGACAGUGCAGGUGACGCUACGCUCUGAGGCCCUUGCCCAGGCUAUCUGUAACUGCUUAUGAACCG